UGUGGACAGCGAAGGACGGAAAAUGUCGAAGUCGAAGGGAAAUGCCGUGGACCCGAUGAACGUCAUCCGUGGAGCAUCUUUGGACGAUCUCGAGUCAAGUCUGCGACAGAACAAAGCUGAGGGUUUAUUGAAUGAACAUGAAUUUUCUGCAGCUCUUGCUGAGCAAAAUGCAGCGUUUCCAUCUGGAAUACCGGUCUGUGGAGCCGAUGCUCUUCGUUUGACCCUAUUGUAUUCUGACGUGAAAUCGGAUCGUGUUCGAAUCGACGUUGACCGUGCGCGUACAAUGGCGGCAUUUGCAAACAAAAUUUGGCAAGCGACUCGGUUCGUCACCCAACACAACCCUGAGCCCAUUGCGAGUGCAGAACCGAAUCUGGAACGAGCGAAACGACCGAUUGAUGCCUGGAUCCUGAGUCAGUUGGCGUCAACGGUGGAAAAGUGUGACGUUGGAUUGCGCAACUAUGAUUUUCACGUUGCCGUUGCUGCGCUGUACGAGUUUUGGUACGGUGCCUUUUGUGAUGUGUAUUUGGAAGCGUGCAAAAGUGUGCUGUGGGGUCCGGAGUGUGACGUGAAAAUCGGUGUGAGGGCUGUGUUGGAUGUGUGUCUGGACGCGGGUUUGCGGCUGUUGUUCCCAUUCAUGCCGCACGUGACUGAUGAGCUUUUCCAUCGGUAUCAUCGACGGUGUGGUGCAAGUUUCCAACCUCCUUGUGAAUCUCUGAUCAGAGCUCCGUAUCCAGUUCCUGAAAAAUGGAAGCAGUUCAAAAAUCCGGAUUUGGAUGCGGCGUUUGAUGAAGCUUUCAAACUGAUUGAAGUUUUAAGGAAGCACAAGUUGGGUCUGAAACUCGGGAAAGUCAGACCAGAUGUUGCGGUUGUAUGGCCGAACAUGGCUGGCCAUGUAGUCGCCCAAUUUCGAGACGUCAUUGUUGAUUUGGCAAAAGUGAAUUCACUUGAAUUUUGCUUGGCUGAAGCUGAUGUGUCCAAUGGUUUCCUUCUACUCGCUGGUCCUUAUCCUGACGUCAAUGUGUUCAUGAAUGUGGAGCGUCUGAAUGUCGAUGAGGAAAUCGCUCGAAGGCUUGUGAACAUUCAGAAAGAUUUGGAUGGUCUGAAGGAAAAAAUCAAUUCGAAGAAGUUCUCUAAAAUUGUUCCGUCGAGGCGGUUGCAAAUUGAGAAAAAGUACGCCGCAUUGGAAUUUGAAAGGGAGCAAUUGGCAGCAGCUGUCAAAAUGCAAAAAUCGUGAUUGUGUUCUUCUUACGUAGUCGACUUGACUCGAGCCAUGUUGUGAUCCCAAUUUCCGUGCGACUCCUUAUUGCAUGAAGUUUUCGGGAAAAAUGAAACAAAUUUUAUACGCCUGAUUCUUUUAGUUCUACUGACGAUUUCUUUUCAAGCUUUUAUCUUAUCACGCAACGAGGUCGGAAAACGUCACCAUUCCCAAUGGGCGGAAUACGAGCAGAUUUCUUCUUAGUCAUCUCAUUCGAGAAAAAAAAGGAGGUAACAUCGAAUUGGGAGGAUGUUCGGGAAAUACUUUUGGG